CGCGCUUCCGGGGGGGGGGGGGGGGGUUGGGCGGCGGCGUGAUGGAGCUGGUGGCGGAGCUGAGGGACCGCGACGGGCAGACGCGGUCGGUGCGGGUGCCGUGCCCGGUGGAGGAGGGCGAGGGCGGCCAGCUGCGCGGGCUGCGGCGGGGCCUGGCCGAGCUGCAGGAGCGGGUGGCGGAGCUGCUGGCGCCGCUGGUGCAGGAGGAGAGAGAGGCGGCGGGCGGCGGCGGGCCGCGCGGCGAUGUCGAGGACGAGGAGGAUGAUGAGGACGAGGAGGAGGAGGAGGAUGAAGGCGAAAACAACGUCGACACGAAAGCGAGUGCCGACGACCCCCCUCCGAAGCGGACGAAAGUCGAGCAGCCCCGCUGAGGGCCCUGGGGACUGCGUUGGGGCCUAGAAAGGGGCCCUGCAGCUGCAGCGGCCGUACGUGCCCCGGGCGGGCGGGGGCCCGCUGCUCUUCUGCUCCUCUUGGAAAAGUGGAGCGUCGGUCCCCACGCCAUUGGAACGCGGAAGCCUCAGGGAAAGGACGCGCCUUGGUGUUAGCAGCGUGUUGCUUACAGGGUACCGACGUGACACCGAGAGGAAUUUUUAGUAAACUAGUUGCUAAAUAUGAAACUGUUCUCACAAGUCUUCCGACUGCAACGUUUUUAAUGACUUUUUCCAAGUCAUAGUAUUUAUCCACGUGACUUUAAACUUUUAAAGUAAAGUAAUAAAAUGUGGAAAGAGUUACUUUGUCAGAUAUGAUCUUAAAACGGUACAAGGCAACUUUUAUUUGUAUGGAGAAAAAGCGAUUCAAGACCACCGUAGUAGUCCAAUUUAAAAAACACCUGUAAGACCGUGUUCAUUCCUGAACAGUCCUACAGGAGUCCUGUACAGUCCUACAAUGGAAGGUUAUUUUUGCCUGUCAUCUAAAAGGUUUAUUUUGAUCACCUAUCAAUCAAGUAUUUUCCUGGAAAAGGUCAAAGUAGGUUGAAAGGGUUGGGAAUCUUGGUUUCAAAAAAUCCUGGUUUUGUGACAGCCUGGAAAGUGACAAGUCAGUGUGACUUUGGUAAUUAAUACUCCACAGUUCAAAAACUGCUGUCUGUCCUAAGCCUGUUUUCCCCAAAUGGUUUUUAGUUGGGUUUUUUUAUCUUUUUUUUUCCAUGCAGCACUCAGUCUUUAUAUACUUUCUUCCAUCACUGAGUUUUAUCCAGGUUGAUUUUUAGGCUCAUUUGGUAGCAAAGUCAAAUAAAGUGAGCAUCACAGCUUAAUAUUCUGCCUAUGCAGAACUCUCAGCACUACCUAAAAAUAAGAGAAGAACAGAGUGAUUUUUGGAGAUGCUUUCUAAAAACAAACCUUUGGGCAGAAAUUAGGGGAAAUGCAGUAGGGUUCUACACUGGUUACUGUAGUUUGUUUUAGAGGGGGAGAAAGUACAAAUGUUGAAGUAACACCUAUGAGUACAUGAUAUAUAACAGUUCUUGGCUGUAUAAAUCGGCAUAACCCACCCAAUCCCUCCACUAAGGUAGCUUGCCCUUUCUUUUGACGAUAACGCAGUAUGUGGAUUGUCAUUAAGGUAACAGAUGCUUCUUGCAAGGUUGUCAAUGCUUCCUGUAUGUUACUUUAAUUCCCAGUUUUUGUUUGGCGCAUGCUUCUGUGAACAGGGAUAAAACAUUCUUGAUAGCCAAUCCAUAGAGCUUACUGUGGAGCCUGAGAGUCUUCUCUAGCAGAAAUUAACUGACUGAUUUAAUAGUGCGAAAUGCUUUUUUUUUUUUCCCCCCUCCAUUUUGAUGUGUUUUGCUGGCAUAGUUUGCUUAUGUAUUACGGAAACUGAGCAGACCUUGAGACUUGUGUGUGGAGGACAAAGUAUCGGAAUAAAUGAUGAAUUUUUAUGAGCACAAAA